AUGAUAGUAAUGGCGAAGGCUAUUUACAUCAAGCUGCAAGGAAUACUGAAAGUAACUGACAAGAGCCUACGACCUCUACGUCCCCCAACACGGCCGGUCACCGCGGGGGUCAUUGACCACAACCCUCCACUCCAGUCACACACACCACUUUACAUAUGCUCCUACAAUGCUAGAUCUCUAUCAUCAGAUGAAAAACUCCUUGAAUUUAAAGAAAGUAUAUCAAAAACAAAACACGACAUAAUUGGACUCGCAGAAAUAAGAAGAAUGGGCUACAAUAUUCUAGAAGAUCAAGAUCACAUAUUUUACUUCUAUGGUGAAACCAAAGGUCAAUAUAGAGUCAUAGAUGACAAGGAAAGCAUUCGUGAACAAUGCGAGCAACUCGGAAAUCACUUUAUAUCCAUUCAAGAAUGGGAAACUGCAGAACGUGUCCUUAUAUCUUGCAACAUGGUGGAGCGUUGCGUCCGCGCGUACACCAACGCGGGCAAGAUAGCUGACGGACUACGUCUAGCCUUGACGCAUUUGUCCGAAGAGCAAACUAAGGACAUAUUCUUACCUCUCGCUCUGCAGUUAAGGCAGGAGGGACAGUUGAGAAAAGCUGAGCAGAUUUAUAUUGGUCUUGGAGAUCCAGAUGCGGCCAUAUCUAUGUAUAAAGAAGCGUCGCAAUACGAGGCGAUGCUGCGUCUGGUGGCGGCGCACCGCGGCGCGCUGCUAGAGGCCACGCGGCGCCACGUGGCGCAGGCGCUGCACGCCGCCGGCGACCUGCGCGCCGCCGAGACGUACUAUGUGCAGGCUGGCGACUGGAAGAACGCAGUCGCGAUGUACCGGUCGGCGGGGCAGUGGGAGAGCGCGGAGCGUGUGGCGCGCGCGCACUCGGCGGCGGCGGCGCAGCAAGUGGCGCUGCAGUGGGCCGGCGCGCUGGCCGCCGCGCCCGCCGCGCGCCUGCUCGCCGCGCGCGGCCUCGCCGCCGUCGGCGCACAGUGGGCGCUGCAGGCGCAGAGGUGGGACAUAGCGAUGGAGCUGAGCGCGCUAGGCGGCGGCGUGAGCAAGCGCGAGGUGGCGCGGCACGAAGCGGCGGCGCUGGCGGAGGCGCGCCCCGACGACGCCGAGGCCGCCUUCCUGCGCGCCGGCGCGCCCGCCGACGCCGUGCGUAUGUGGCUCGCGCAGGGACAGUGCCGGCGCGCGCUCGCGCUCGCCGAGCAGCACGCACAGCAUAUGGUAGACGACGUGCUGGUGGCGGGCGCGCGUGACGCCGCCGAGCGGGGAGACCUCGUGCAGUUCGAGGCGCUCAUGAUACGCGCCAACAGGCCCAAAGAAGUUGUGCAGCAUUAUAAGGAUUUAGACGAUUGUGUGGACAGUAGACUGUGUCUCUACGAGUAUAUACACUGGUGCGUGUGCGCAGAGCUGUGGGAGGAGGCGCGGCGCGUGGCGCGCGAGUACCUGCCGGACGGCGCCGAGCCCGUGCCGCCCGCCGUGCCGCCGCUGCUGCAGCGCGCGGCCGACCACGCCGACAGAGGCGAAUGGUGGGAAGCAGUGGAGCUGCUGCUGGCGGCGAGCGCGGCGGGCGCGGCGGGCGGCGCGGCGCGGCUGGCGGAGCGCGCGGCGCUGCGCGCGGCGCGGCUGGCGCGCGACCGCCUGCGCGGCGCGCAGCGCGCCCGCGCCGCCGACGCGCUCGCUGAUGCGGAUCAUGAUAUUGAUUCUAUACAUCGAGUGCGUCCAUACCCGUCGAGUAGGACGGAAAGCAACAAUGAACCUACUCGGCCGGCGUCUAUUAUAGUGCGGUUUUGCCAGCGGCGGCGCAAGGAUCAGCUGAUCGCAGCCGUGCGCGCGCGCCGCGGCCUCACCACCGCACACAUCGGACUGCCCGGCCCGGCGAGCACCGUGUACAUUGGUGAUCACCUCACUCCAACGAACAAACUACUACUAAAGCGAGCACGCGAACUUAAACUCGAAAAAAACUAUUCAUACUUGCAAGAUAGGAAAUCCACGGACGGGCAGGGCGCGCGGGGCGGCGGCGUGCUCAUAGCGGCACGACGCGAACUGCGCGCGCGGCCCCGGCCCGAGUGGCGCUCGGGGCCCGCCGCCGAGGAGCUGUGGGUGACGCUCGAGCUUGACACCGCCACCACCACUGCGGUGGGGGCCGCGCGCCCCUCCCGCCCCGCGCCCCGACCUUGUCGCGCCGCCGCUUCCUCUAACUUGCACGUAGCUUGCUGUUACUUCCCGCACGGUAACAAUCAUUCUGAAUCUUUACAAAACUUUUACGACAACACAUUUGACAUUUUGCCAAAUAAUCUAAAUGAUAAUUUUCUAAUACUUGGAGAUUUCAAUAUUUCUAACGCUAGUUGGGAUAGCUUUAACGAUUCGACUCAAUCAUUUAAACUAAGUACAAAUAGCGACGGCUUAGCGGGGGACUUGUGCGAUUUUAUGAAUUUAUCCAAUUUUAGGCAAUACAAUGGCUGUGUAAAUAGCAACGGACGAGUUUUAGACUUAGUACUUAGUAGCGAUAAGUGCACUGUGUCCAAUACUACCACACCGUUAACCCCAGAGGAUGCGCAUCAUAAAUCUCUAGAUAUAACUCUCAAUCUACAAACGCAUGCUUUUAUACAAAACGUAAAAACGCGUCUCAAGCUAAUUUAUCAUGCGGCUGAUUUUAAAGCGAUUGGCACAGAAAUAUCGCGAGUCAAUUGGAUUGCUGAUCUAGCCACCUUAAAUACCGAAGAAUCCGUCAGUUACUUUUAUAAUAUUUUACAGAAUUUAAUCGACGUAUUUGCUGAAAUUGGUCAAAGCGAUGUAGGCGAACAACUCCGUGCGGCUCUCGUGGAUGGUGAAGAAGAAGAAAAUGCUGCCGAGCAUUUGAAAUUAGAAGCAGGUUCAUCGGCGGACUACGGAGAAGAAGAAGAAGAAGAAGUGAAGCCUCAAAUAGAAGAAUCUGAGUCAGAGUCAUCGCUGGAGAAGCUGGCGCGCGCCGGGCACUGGCCGCGCUGCCUGGCGCGGGCCGGCGCGCGCGCCGCGCACUACGCGCUCAGAUAUGUGGCGCAUUUGUUUAAGACACACUCGCGUACAGAGGGUAUGGAUAUAGAGAGUGAAGACGUACCAGAAGUGCUCUCUCAUGCGCUGGACACUCUUCGUCAAUACCUAACGAAGGAUAGCCCUGUAACAAGCGCGGACACAGCCUUGGCCAAAGCGGUGUGUAAUGAGAUAUUGGUGAGGAUAUCCCUCGCCCCUAAAGCCUUCUCGGCGAUGGAAGACGCUGGUUCGGUAAUGAUAGCUGCUGAUGCAGAUGAUCGAGCACUACAGGCGCUGACUCUGCUGAUGGGGCUGCACGUGCCGCAGAUCGCGUCAAAGGUGGCGCGCGCGUUGCCGCGCUAUACUGAUAUUAUUGUCGCUGAUGUUGCUUUCUUCAUAUGCGGCGAGGUGAUACGCGCGGAAGGCAGCGCGGGAGCUCGUGAGGCUUUCGUGUUCCUCAACCACUGCCUGGACCUCGCCGAGGCGGCGGACGAAGAUACUGUACAUCUCAUCGAUUAUACGGACUUUGAGUGUACGGACUGGCCGCGCGCGCCGCUGACGCUGGGCGCGGCGGCAGCGGGCGGCGCGGCGCUGGGCGCGGCGCGGGACUGGGUGCUCGCCGUCUCCAUGGACCAGCAGGUGGACCAGACUCUGCCGACGGACAGUCGCGGCUUAUACGCCUCAUACGUAGGAGAGGAGCCGUGCUGCGUGCUCACCGGCCACCCGCUGGCGGCGCGCCUCGUCACGUUCCCUAAUGGUCGUUGCGCGAACAGAGAGUGGUGGUCGCGCGUGUCGCACGCGGCGCGCGCGCCGUCGCCAGCCGCCGCGCUGCUGCGCCACGCCGCGCGCUGGUGCGGGCCCGCCGACCACGCGCACGUG